AAAUUCAAUCAAAUAUGAAUAAAUCAGAUAUUUUUAAUGAAUCAAAUAUUCAUGAGUCUGUCAUUAUUGAUGUUUAUGUGAAUUCAUUAACUUGGGUAAUGGUAAAAUUUUCACAAAAAAACUUAAAUUUAAAAACUCGGCAAGAAAAUCUAGCGACAGUAAUAUGCAAGUGGAAAGACAAUGGUGAUCAAAUGAAGAAAAAAAUUAAAAAACCAGGUGUUAAAAAAUUUAAGAAAUUACGAGAUCAUGAAGGAAAUAG